GGCCAAUCAAACUGCACCAUGUUCUUGGCUCUGCCCUUUGGCAGUCUAGGAAGUCUGAGAAAAACAGCAGAAGUUCCUGUAUAAUUUUUGGAGCUUAGUUUGUAUCGUAAUCUCGUCAGCAAGAAGAUGGCUCGGCGUGUUGCUGUGAUCGGAGGAGGAAGCUCUGGACUGACCUGCAUUAAGUGCUGCUUGGAUGAAGGUCUGGAGCCAGUGUGCUUCGAAAGCAGUGAUGACAUUGGAGGACUCUGGAGGUUUAAGGAGAAUCCUGAGACAGACAGGGCCAGCAUCUAUCAUUCAGUGAUCAUCAACACCUCAAAGGAGAUGAUGUGUUUCAGCGAUUUCCCCAUUCCAGCUCAUUUCCCAAACUACAUGCACCAUACUUAUAUUAUGGACUACUUUCGCAUGUAUGCUGACCACUUCCAGCUCAAGCGCUAUAUCCGCUUGCAGACAAAAGUACUUAACAUCAGCCCAAGACCAGAUUUUGCUCAGUCAGGUCAGUGGGACAUUGAGACAGAGGACAGGGAUGGGAAGAGAGAGAAACAUGUGUUUGAUGCUGUGCUUGUCUGCACUGGACACCAUUGCCACCCUCAACUUCCUGUGAAAGACUUCCCAGGGAUAGAGACAUUCAAGGGGAAAUACUUCCACAGUCGUGACUACAAGACUCAAGAUGAAUGGCGGAACAAGAGAGUGGUCGUGAUUGGAAUUGGUAAUUCAGGAGGUGACAUUGCUGUGGAGCUCAGCAGGGUGACCAAACAGGUUUUCCUGAGCACUAGGAGAGGCUCUUGGAUCCUGAAUCGUGUAGGAACCAAUGGUAUUCCAGGUGAUAUGAUUUUUAACAGGGUAUUUCGAAUGGCCCAGUGUAUUCUGCCCUUUGGAUUCUUAUGCAACGUGGCAGAGAAGAGGCUCAAUGAAAGGUUUAACCAUGCAAUGUAUGGGCUGAAGCCAAAGCACAGAUUACUCAGCCAGCACCCCAUGGUAAAUGAUGAGCUGCCAAAUCGGCUCAUUUCUGGCACCAUCAGGGUGAAGCCAAAUGUGUGUGAAUUCCGUGGCUCCAGUGUCAUCUUUGAGGAUGGCACUGUUGAGGACGACAUUGACCUGGUGGUGUUUGCCACAGGCUACACCUUCUCUUUCCCCUUCCUGCAAAGCGAUGUGAUCUCAGUCACAGAGAACAAGACACGCCUGUAUAAGUAUAUGUUCCCUCCAGGCCUUGAGAGACCCACACUGGCUAUCAUUGGCCUCAUCCAACCUUUGGGAGCCAUCAUGCCCAUCUCUGAGAUGCAGGCUCGCUGGGCCACGCGUGUCUUCAAAGGGCUUAGUAAGCUUCCGUCAAUGAGCAGCAUGCUGAAAGACAUUAAAGCGAAGGAGGACCGUAUGGCUAAGAGGUACGUAACCUCCCAGAGACAUACCAUCCAAGUAGAUUACCUCCCCUACAUGGAUGAGCUGGCCAUGCAAGUGGGUGUCCGUCCCAACCUCCUAUGGCUGUUCCUGACUGACCCUGGUUUGGGUUUGAGGGUUCUGUUCGGUCCCAGCACCCCGUACCAGUUUCGUCUGUGUGGGCCGGGCCAGUGGGACGGGGCUCGUCAGGCCAUCUUCACCCAGUGGGAGCGUGUAGCCCAGCCAUUCAAGACACGCAGUGUCCCUGUGCAGAAGUCAAGUCAAUCCCAUCUCCCUCUCCUACUGUCUGUGUCUGCUGCUGCUCUACUGUCGACUGCCUACUUCACCAGGGCCAACCUUACUAGUUUCCUCCCAGACAUCACAUCCUUUCUGGAGAGGCUAAAAUCUCAUCUGCCUCUGCCUGUGGUGAGGCAGUGACCACUAAUGCAGUGAUUUAUUUCAUAACAGCACAGACAGGAGUUUAUUCUCCUGCAAGCGUCAUACAUGGAGAAGGGCUAAGAGAUACUUUAUGAGUAAGAAAAUGACAUGAAAGUGAAGUUAUUUUUAACAUUUCCUGUUAAACCUUUAAAGCCUCAACAAUAGCAUCAUGAAAUACUUGCUAUCUAAUGAUUCUCAUUCUAAACAUCUAAAUACACAUAUUCUACUCCACUGGAGACCAGUGCUAUUGUUUGCAAACAGACUUAAAAACACACUAUAGUGGUACUUUAUAUGCCUUACAUUCAAAGCUGCAGGUGCUAAUUUUGGAAAUGUAACCAAACCUUUAUAUAAUUUUAGAUAAUUUGGUAAUAUGUACCAAAAUGGUCUGUCUUGUGGCUUUUAUUGAAAUAAACAUGCAACUUGUUUUCUACUUUGAAUACCAGAUAAGUUGACUUUCUCACAUGGUUAUGCAUAUCAUUAACACUUAAAAUAAUAAAAUAAUAAUAAUAAAAUGAUAAUAUAAAAUAAUCAUUUUCGUUUUAAUGAUGAAAUAUAAGUUUAUUUAAUUUUUUUUCAUUUUGCAUCACUUCCUGCACAUUGCAACAAGUACAUUAUGAUGCUUUAUAUUUUCACUAAAUGCUUUAUUUUUAUUGCCUUUAUUGUAGUUUUCCUUUGAUAUGUUGAACAUCUUAAUUGUCUAAAUUCUGAAUGAAUUACAGUACAUGAGUACAUGCAGAUAUUUCUGUGAAACUUGACUAUGAAUCCUGUAAAACUUCAUUAAAUGUUCAUUAAUUCUAAUGCCAUUUUUUCAUUAAAUAAUUUUUGAUGAUGCA